UUAUCUGCUGAUUGAACAGAGUCAUGAGGGACAGGUGCACAUGCUCAGAUUGGUGUGUAUUGCUAGAGGGUUUUUUUCUUGGGAGGGUGCAUUGCCAUGUUGUUUGUACUGUGGGAGACCAGAUAUAGUGAAUGCAGGGUCCAGGGAGACCAGAUAUAGUAAAUGCAGGGACCGGGGAGACCAGAUAUAGUGAAUGCAGGGUCCGGGGAGACCAGAUAUAGUGAAUGCAGGGUCCGGGGAGACCAGAUAUAGUGAAUGCAGGGUCCGGGGAGACCAGAUAUAGUGAAUGCAGGGUCCUGGGAAACCAGAUAUAGUGAAUGCGGGGUCUGGGGAGACCA